GUAAACCUCUAACGUUAUCAAAUAGUUGCUAUGAAAUUGGGCAUACAUGGACUCCGCACUGCACGACAGCAGCCAAGAGUGUUGCUGUGUCUUGCUACUAUCAGGCGUUCAAAAUAUACGUCCUCGCUUUAUGUGGUCGCUGCCCUUCUUCGAAGGAAAGGAUUAAAAUACUGGAAGAACAAACUUUUAUAUGAAAUUCUUCAGUCUACGCUUUUCCUCGGGACCAAUGGCUGUCUCUUCAUCUCAUUCUUUUGUGUUUGGAGGAAGUUAAUUGGGAAACUGUACAUGCUCAAUUUGGCCUAUCUGCCGGCUCUUUGUGCCUCAUAUGUGGCUAUUCUCCUUGAGAGGAAAUCCAGAAGGGGCAUAUUGGCUGCAUACACUUCAAAUGUGGCCUUGGAGACUGUAUAUCGUAUGCUGGUGUCCCGUGGCCUUUUUCGACCAAUCAAACAUGGGGAGGUAAGUGGACUGUUUGGCACUCCAUCAAUCAGCUGCGGCACUUGUCGACUACAACAUAAUUUUUAAAUUAGACCUUCCCCUGUGCCCUGCCCGAUAAACAUCCUGUAAUACU